GUGUUUAACUGUAAUAUUUACCAUCUUGACACGCAUUACCUACUCCGUAAGAACAAUAAAACGUCCUGUUUUUCACUAAUAUUUAUUAAAACAAGGUUUACAACAGCUAAUACGAUUAGAUAUAAUAGCAAUAUAAAAUGACGGAUAAAAUGUAUUUCGUUGUGGUUUUACUCGGUUGUAUCACAGUUGUACAUACUGGGGAAUAUUGUACGAAGAACAAGUAUGGGUCAGCCUACCCUGACGAAACAAUGUACUGCUCAAGAUCUUGUUGUGGAGAUAGAUAUAACAGAUACUGCUGUGCCAGUAAUACAGGAGUCAUCGUAGGCAUUGUGCUUGGUGUAAUUGGACUUGUUGCAGUGAUAGUAUCAAUGAUGGUGGCUAUAUUCUGUUGCUGUCGAAUGACCAGAGGACAGAGGGGACAGGUGUGUCAACCAGCAGAUGUUACAACAACAGUACCGGUGUAUGGUAUGCAGACAACCACUGUAAGUUAUGGACAAGUUGGAUACACAAAUGUCGCGUUUCCGCAACAAAUGCAGACAACAAACAUGUCUGGUCCAGCAGAUAAUACCCAGAAAUGGCAAGAGCCCCCACCUUCAUACAAUACUGUCGUCACAAGUUAAAUCUCAUAUGUGGAAAAAUGUCAUAAUAAUGUCAUUGACUUCAUUUAAAGACGAUAUCAUAUUCGGCUAAGCCAGUUUUACAUGUGGGUCAGAAGUAUUUAUAUAAAGAUUAUAUUAUUGUACUUCACAGUGGACAUCACAAUAAACAUCAUUUACCUUUA